CCGGCGUCGUGGUGUUUGGGCGGCCGCCACCUAAGAGACUUUGGUGGGGCAGACUCCGGGGCAGCUCGUCUCCGGCCUCGCUCCCGGCUUGCACCUCCCGGCUCGCGGGCCUCACUGUAGGGCGCGCGUGCGGGCCGGUGUCGCGGCCGCCUUGGGGCCUGGGCCCAGCCGCAGCCUCCUCCACCGCCGCCGGCUCGGAGGGGCCGCGAGAUGCAGCCGCCGGGCCCACCCCCGGCGUAUUCCCCCUCGAACGGGGACUUCACCUUUGUCUCUUCGGCAGACGCGGAAGAUCUUAGUGGUUCGAUAGCAUCCCCAGAUGUCAAAUUAAACCUUGGUGGAGAUUUUAUUAAAGAAUCUACAGCUACUACAUUUCUGAGACAAAGAGGAUAUGGCUGGCUUUUGGAAGUGGAAGAUGAUGAUCCUGAAGAUAACAAGCCACUCUUGGAGGAAUUGGAUAUUGAUCUAAAGGAUAUUUACUACAAAAUCCGGUGUGUUCUGAUGCCAAUGCCAUCACUUGGUUUUAAUAGACAAGUGGUGAGAGACAAUCCUGACUUUUGGGGCCCUCUGGCUGUUGUUCUUUUCUUUUCCAUGAUAUCAUUAUAUGGACAGUUUAGGGUGGUCUCAUGGAUUAUAACUAUUUGGAUAUUUGGUUCCCUAACAAUUUUCUUACUGGCCAGAGUUCUUGGUGGAGAAGUUGCAUAUGGCCAAGUUCUUGGAGUUAUAGGAUAUUCACUACUUCCUCUCAUUGUUAUAGCCCCUAUACUUUUGGUGGUUGGAUCAUUUGAAGUGGUAUCUACACUUAUAAAACUGUUUGGUGUGUUUUGGGCUGCCUACAGUGCUGCUUCAUUGUUAGUGGGUGAAGAAUUCAAGACCAAAAAGCCUCUCCUGAUUUAUCCAAUCUUUUUACUAUACAUUUAUUUUUUGUCCUUAUACACUGGGGUGUGAUCUAAGUCAUAUAUGAGUAGAAAAAGACAUGUUACAUUUGUGUGUGUAGGCUGGGAACUCUUGCUAAGGGGAUUGAAGAAAUCCUGUUGCUGGUAAAAUUUUACAUGUUCCACAUGUAAAGGCAGGUUGAAAGUCUUUUUAAAACAACAUUUUUUUGUAUUUAAUUAUUUGCAGUUAUCUGGAUUUUUUUUGGUCAGAAUUCCGAAUUCUGUUUGAUUCUUCAUAUUCCAGUGAAUAAAAUUUAAAAGCAUUGUGUUUUUAAGAUUGUGUCAAUAUUCACCUAAAAACUUGUGCCAAAAGCACCUGGAAUGGUAAUUAUAUUUCAUUCAAAGGGUAAAUAUGGCAGCAUCCUAAUAAUCUAAAAGCGCAAUUUUUUCUUUAAAGGGUUUUCUCCUGCAUUGCAGAUCCUGUAGAUAUAUAUUUAUAUUUAUACGUAUAUAUUUAUGAAAUUA